AGCGACAGAGAAGCAAGGGCUUCACUUCACCUGGAGUGAAAUGAACGGCAUCGCAAAACAAAGAAAACACUGUUCUCUGAACGAAUAAUGGCAAGCACAGCUUUGUGCUGGACUGAGUCACUCUGAUCAAUUGAAAACUGGCUAAAGGAAAGAACAAAACAUGCUUUUUGGUCAGGGAGAAAGUUAGAAGAUUAUUUCAGCCUAAAUCGCUUACAGCUGUCAUGGGCUCUUUUUCGGAUUCGAACAAUAUAAUUUGAUUUACAGUUCGUGUUUUGAAUUAAACAAACAAAACCAAACAAAAAAAUAAAGAUGAUUCAACAUGACACCAGUUUCAAGUGCUAGAUUAGAGCUUAGAUUCAAUGGGCCCUUCGUCAUUGUUCAGUGUGUUAUGGAACGUGCAUUAUACUCAAGAUACUGCACUUGGUUCAAAUGCAAAUCAGAAAUUUAAAUUUGCUGGUCAUUUGUGUGCAUAAUACAUUUUUAUAAGCGUAGGUUUAAGUUUUUACAGUAUUCACGACCAGAGAUUGCAGAUCACUGUUAGAAAUCACGGUUAGGGAAAUUUGACAUAAAGUUUUAGAUUCGGUUAUUGACAAUUAUUACGUGGAUUUGAUAGACGUUGGUUUUACUUAGAUAAAGGUGGAAGGUGGAUAAGUGAGUAAUCAUUUCCCAAUACUAAGCACAACGAUCAAUUACUGUGAUUGUUGUCUCGACAAAAGCAGCAACAGGACAUUACUUUUAACUCAUGGCUUUAUGAGAGCUCGGCGUUCCGUCACCUUUUCAACAAGUGAAGCGAUGCUCAAGGGACCUACCUCCAGAUUACUAUAGAUUGCUAUGUGAAGAUCUCGACACACGUGUUGGUUUUGGAUCUCCAAAAUGCCUCUCCACCCAGUGACCUCCACUUUAAUGUACAGGGGGAUCUGUACCAUCCCGGACAUUCUCACGUACAAGACCCCUGUAAAUAUCCCCGAGGAUGAAUUAGAAGAGAUCCGGCAGGCGUUUAUGGUGUUUGAUCGCGAUGGGAAUGGGUUCAUCUCCAAGCAGGAGCUGGGAAUGGCCAUGCGAUCCCUGGGAUACAUGCCCAACGAGGUGGAGCUGGAGGUCAUUAUCCAGAGACUGGACAUGGAUGGAGAUGGGCAGGUUGAUUUUGAUGAGUUUGUGACCCUGCUCGGACCCAAGCUGUCUUCAGCGGGAAUGCCCGACAAGUUCCAUGGGACUGACUUUGACACUGUGUUCUGGAAGUGCGACAUGCAGAAAUUAACAGUGGAGGAGCUGAAAAGACUACUUUACGACACCUUCUGCGAUCACUUAUCCAUGAAAGACAUCGAGAACAUCAUCAUGACAGAAGAGGAGGGCCGCAUAGAAAACCCUGAUGACUGCCCCGUGGAUAUAGACACCAGCCCCACGCAACAGAUCAAGCAGACGUGUGUGAGGAAGAGCCUGAUCGGCGCCUUUGCCAUCGCGUUCAUCAUCAGCGUCAUGCUGAUUGCAGCCAACCAGGUGCUGCGGAGCGGGAUGAAAUAGGAGCUUUGAGAAGAAAGCAAGAGCAACACCAACAACCAGACUUUACAAACAACUGUACUGAACAACAACCCCAAGAACAAACACCCACUCCAAUGGGCAGCCGUGGUCUCUGUGUGUUAGCUGCUUGCCAGCGCUGCCUUGCUUUGGCUAUUAUUGUCCCCCCCUUGUUGCCCGACACCCUGUUUGCCUGGAAAGAAGCAGGUGCCUUUGGACGCACAGAAUCAUGAUCCAUGAACUUCAGCUGAUGUACGAUGCAUGUAGAUGCAUGGAUUUACAUCAAAACACACCCGAAGCGUUGCAUUUCUGUACAGAACUAGAACUCAUUUAUGAGGAACGGAAGUCAUCCCACACCACUAGUGGAUCUUCUUGGACUCAUGAACAUUCAGUAAGCCCUGCUUAAAAUAAUAAUAAUAAUAAUAAUAAUAAUAAUAAUAAUAAUAAUAAUAAUAA